AUAUAUAUACACACAAUACUACUAAUCCCUCCGAUCACAGGAUAUCCCAAAAAUAUCUCCCGACCCCGCUGGAAUUACCAAAACGCCCACCCUCUACCAUUCCUGCCUGCCCGAGUCGCCGGGGGCAAAACCGACUAUUCACUUCUCCGAUCGUCUUCCUUCCCGUCGGGUCAACUGUGUACGGUAACUGCCGGCCGGCCGCCGUCGGGCGGACUGAGUAAUGUGGAUGAACUGAGUUCCGACCCUCGAAGCCGUCUUAGGUUUACUUUCGUUGGCUCGAAUGGAUCGGGCAGCGAUAACGGUGGGUCCGGGUAUGGAUAUGCCGAUCAUGCACGAUAGCGAUCGGUACGACCUCGUUCGCGAUAUCGGUUCGGGUAAUUUUGGCGUGGCUCGAUUGAUGCGUGAUAAGCAGACGAAAGAGCUCGUUGCGGUUAAGUAUAUUGAGCGAGGGGAGAAGAUAGAUGAAAAUGUCAAGAGAGAAAUUAUUAAUCACAGAUCUUUGCGGCACCCUAACAUUGUUAGAUUUAAAGAGGUGAUUCUUACACCUACGCAUCUGGCUAUUGUGAUGGAGUAUGCCUCUGGAGGAGAGUUAUUCGAGCGCAUAUGCAAUGCAGGACGCUUCAGUGAGGAUGAGGCUCGUUUCUUUUUUCAACAACUCAUAUCUGGAGUGAGCUACUGCCAUUCAAUGCAAAUAUGUCAUCGAGACUUGAAGUUGGAAAACACUCUCUUGGAUGGUAGCCCUGCCCCCAGGUUGAAGAUAUGUGAUUUUGGGUAUUCCAAGUCUUCUUUGCUGCAUUCACAACCAAAAUCUACAGUAGGAACUCCUGCAUAUAUUGCUCCUGAGGUAUUACGUCGGAAAGAAUAUGAUGGCAAGAUUGCAGAUGUGUGGUCAUGUGGGGUUACAUUAUAUGUUAUGCUGGUUGGUUCCUAUCCAUUUGAGGACCCUGCAGAACCAAAGGACUUCCGUAAGACAAUCCAAAGAAUCCUAAAUGUUCAGUACUCCAUUCCAGAAACCCAUCAAAUAUCUGAGGACUGUCGGAGUCUAAUCUCGAGGAUCUUUGUUGCUGACCCUGCACAACGCAUUACAAUACCCGAAAUCACAAACCAUGCGUGGUUCCUAAAGAACCUUCCCGCGGAUCUUGUGGAUGAAAAACACCAAUUCGAAGAGCCAGAGCAGCCAAUGCAGAGCCUGGAGACCAUAAUGCAGAUAAUCACGGAAGCAACUAUACCUCCCCCGGGUCUGUACAACCUGGACAUGGAAAUGGACAUGAUGGAUGAAGAUAUGGAAGACUUCGACUCUGACCUUGAUUUUGAUGUCGACAGCAGCGGAGAGGUCAUUUAUGCAAUGUGAACAGAUAUCUGAAUUCGACCUUUCAAAAGCACAUUGCCAAGAAGUCAAGUCUCUGGUAUGUUGUCGUCCAUCUGUCGUGUUUAUGAGUUUGGGAUCGGCAUUGUGCAUGGUUGUGUGUAACUGUAUAUUGCGUCUUCGUCUUGGGCUUUUGUUUAUCGGUUGCUCCGUGUUCGGCGUUUUCGCCGUUAAAUUGUUUGUUGUGACUUUUGUAUGAAGAAGGAAGGCAGUGAAGUCGGUCAGUGUAUUUGUAUUUUGAUGGUGUUGUACUUGUAUGCAGUGCAGACCUAUUUUGUUGGUUUAUAUUGUGGUGUUUGUUGAA